UGAAUAAAAAAUUCAAAUAUACAAAAUUUAAAACUAACUUCUUCUUCAUCUAUAAAGAAACAGUAGUAUUGAGUGACUGUAGUAGACCUAUUAAUUGUCUAGAAUCAUAACUGAUCUUUCUCGACGUUAUGUCUGGGUUUGAUUUUAAUCUAAUCGAUACUUUUGAAACCUUAUUUAAUCAUUUUGUCUAUCCCUAUCAUAAUCACAAGUAUAAAAUAGAGAAUUUUGACCUAAAGGUCUUAGUUACCAGGUUAUAAAAUCUCAUUUAAAAAUAUAAAAUAGAGAAACAUUGUUUUUCAUUUUUCAUGUGAAGCGGUUUGCGAUAGUUACUAAAGCUAAUAAUUUUGUUUCAUAAACAUAUCCAAAAUAAUCAAACUUAAUGAAAGAAUGCAUGUUUCGGUACUAAAUAUGCCACUGAACCUUUAUUAUUAGUAAGAUAACCACAGAAUUUUGCAAUGGCUCCAAGAAAAAAACCAAAUAAUGUUGAAAACACCAACGCUGCAACCACUCCUAAAGCUCAGAAGCAGAUAAAGAAAAUUAACAGGAAGAAUCCUGCUGUUGGCACAGUAAAAAAACCGCCUCAAAAACCCGUAGAACGACAAGUAAGGAAGAGAACAACAAAGAAAUCAAUAAACUUUGAACGAAAUAUAGAAUUGGCUAAUGAAGUUGCAAAAUUACAGUUGACUAAGAAAAAUUCAAUAGUAGUUUCGUUUAAAAAUGACAUCAAAAUAGAACCAGUCAAUAAGCCUGCCCCGCGCCAGGUCAAUACUAACAGAAAAUCAAAAAGGGGUAUGCCAAGCUUAGAGCCUGAAGCUGAAUCAAAUGAUAAAAAACCGGCUGUCAACGGAAUAGCACCGAAAACAGUUAAAACAACCGAUGGGCUUACUGAAAAAAAACCUGCACCAAAGAAACGUCCGCCGGAACCAAAACGGCCAACCCCGAAACGUAAUAUAGUCAAGAAGACGGCAGACAGACCGAAAAUAGCACGUAACAAUAACAUAACGCGCUACCUACAGUUGACGAUAACGAAGAAAAACAACGUAGGUAAGGAAGACGUUAUAUCUAAAGUCGUUAGCGAUCAUGCAGAGGCGGGCGGUGAAGCGGUCCAGUCCGCUGUCGAACCUCAAGCGCCAAGCGUCGUCGAAACCAGAAAGGUAUCAGUGGCCAGCUCAUCCAACCUGUCCUGGACCAAGGACGUGUCCAGCUCCAACACGACGAUAUCGGCCCGGAUCGACGACAUCGUGCGUAUAGAUAACAAGAUGCCGAUCGUGAGGCUAACGAAAUUAGGUGACGGCAUCAAACAAGAGAAGUGCGAUAGUGACGCGACCUCAUCUACUAGUUCGUCAACGGACGAAAGUAAAAUUGAUGUAGCUAAUGAUCUGAAUUUGAGUAUGACCUCAGAUUCCACUAUUGCCGAGGAGGCAGCUGAUAAAAACGACAAUGAAGCUAAAAAGACGGAAGUUAGAGAUGAACUGCGUAAAGCCUUCGAUAAAUUGUCGUCUAGUUUAAAGAAAUUCGAUAUAGAAAUCAUGAAAUGGAUUGGACAUACGAGUGACGAUACGAAAGUCAGUUUUCAGAAUAAAAUAUUGAAGGUAUUGAAGGAAGAAAGCGACGUUCUUAAUAAUUGUCGGUGCAUUAAAAAUCAUUUGAGAGGUGUCACGAAUGAUACAGAGGAAACUUUGGAUAGACAAGGUGACGGCUCAAAGCACAAUGACGAAGUCGAUUUCGUGAGGCCCGCAGAUGUUUCUAGAAAAGUACCUGACGAUCUAGAAAGUACUAGGAGGAAUCUGUCGAACAAAAGUGGAAAUUGUAUGUUGAAUCAAAACUCGGCACUGAGUCCACCGCUCGUCUCUAAACCGAUGCAGAGUUCAAAUGAGGACAACGUGAGGUUGUCUGUAGGGGGUUAUAACUAUGAAGACGACGAUGCAAUAUCACUGUUCGCCGAAAGCAUAAGUGGUAUGGAACUAUCCCAAUUCAAUAGCUCCAUAGCGGUCAACGGUACAGUGGACAACGAGGAAGAAUACAUUCCUCGUCCUAUCUCCGAGAAUGAGUCACCUGAUAAGUUCACGUACUUCCCCACCAAGAUAACGAAUGGUCAAGCUGAGACCUCAAAAAAGACGAUCUGCGAAAGGCAUAACGCAGAUUCUACAUCGGUCGGCAAGGAUUUCUAUGACGCUCUAGCGGAGACUGCGAUGGCCAACUUCGAAGACGACUACCAGGAGUCUGCCAAAGACAUGGAACCUUUCAGAGGACCGGCGAAAUUCGUGAAAAAUCGAGAUACUCUUUCUCUCAUGGCCUCAAAGAAUAAGCCGAUGCACGCUAGGAACAGCGUCUUGUUCAAAAACGUUUGCUUCUACAAUACACUUGGCCACUGUAAGAACUUGAUGUGCCGCUUCCCCCACGUAAUCCCUGACGUUCUUGACGUCAAACGCCUACUGGCAACGUUGCACGAGAGCAUCUUCAUCAGAGAAUACAUGAUUCUCCGGGAUUACUCGAAUCUGCGCCGCAAAUACGGGUUUUGUUUCGUGGAGGAGUGUCGGAAACGGCAAUUGACCAGGACCCUCGUCGAGAUGGCGAUCGACUUUAUCACGAAAGCGACGCACGGCAACAAAGACGAUUCCGAUCUCAAACUAUCGGUGCUCGAAUAUGUUCUCAUGUACUUGAAUCACGUAGACCUUGAAGGUUACGGGGAUCUUCUCAAGUGCAAGGUCGCGCCGUCAGUCCAACUCUGCGACGUGCUAAUGCUCACCAUCGCGACCACGCAGAACUUCUCCAGGUUCAAACCGGUUUUCCUGAAUUUAACUAGUUUCAUGGUCGCCAACGAUAUGGGUUUUGGGGAGGAGGUUGCGAAUCACGUGCUCGAGAGGGUUUGUAUCCUGCCCAACGAGGAUCCGUUGAGUCGGGCGGUGCUGGACAUCCUCAAGCGCACGGACGCCUCAAUCUUCCAGAGCAACAUGGCGGCCCAGUUCGAGAAGCAGUUAGGGGCGUUCAAUAAGAAUUUGCUAGAAGAGUACUUAUCUGCUAGAACGCGGGCUGGUUCGAGGCAGGUCGCGCAGUUUGACCGCGGGAUGGAAUCUCUAACCGUGAUGUGUCCCAGGUCAGAUACAUCGCCCGACACGACCAACGUCGAGACAAAGCUAAACAGCCUAGAGCCAGCCGUCACAGCUCCUACGGAUUCGAAUUAUCCAAGAUUCAAUCAAUAUUCUUCUAGUCGAAACUCUAGCGUGGGAGAGUGGCCGAAACACUUCCAGAAGUGGGGGCGCCCCUCUCCCAGAGCACCACCGCCGCUGAUGUCUUUGUUCAAUGCCCCAGUACGACCACUGGUACGGCCCCCCCGGCGGCAGGUCAUGUACCGCCCCCCGACUAGACCUCACCACCCUAGUUACCAACGACGAUGCGCGAGAGAUUUCUGAUAUUUUCCGUUUAGGUAUUUUUUAGCACUCACCAAUAUAUUUUUUGUUUUGUUUAAAAACUAAUUCCGUCUAAAUAGUCUAGAACAAUAAAUAAGUGCAAGUCUUGAAGGAUUUUUUGUCUUGACGUUAACUUUCGACUUUAAUGAGAAUACAAAGUUUUUUUUUAUAUUCAUUGUCUAUGGAGUCUCUGAUUAUGUUUAAAAUACAUUGUUUCUCGCGGCGUCAUUAGUUUUCGAUACGUCUCAAAUUGAUUGUACACAAUCACGCGUUAUUUGUUAAGAUUGUUUACGUUUUUAAAGUGUCAAUUUUUAACCUACUUCAAAAACGGCAGGAGGUUGGUAAGGAGGAAAUCAGAUAGUUGUAUGACGUCACCGAUGUCAAUCCAUACCACCAAAUAAUUUUAUUUCGACUUAAGUCGCUUUUGUAAAUUGCGCCAAAAUGUAAAUUAUGAAAUGACUGUUACAUAAGAUUUGUUCCGAAUUACCAUAAUUUUUAAAUGAAAAAUUUUGCAUGAGAUUUCGUGAUCACGAUUUUCGUAUCCUGAAGUGAUCCUGACGAACAAAAAAAAACUUUCAAAAUAGACGCCUUCGCAUCGAUAUUACUUUAAUAUUGGACAAUUCGUUGAUAAUUAAUAAUUUGAGUAUGUAUCAAUAUUUUCUCAGUUUAAAAUUUACGUUUGUAAUGCGUAGCGCGUUUCUUCAAUUUUUAAAGUGUCUAUUUAGGAAUUCGUUUGGUAAUGACAUUGGUAAUGUCAUUGACGAUGGCGGCGUCGUUACGACUUAAAGACGCGUUUUAUUUCUGGACCACGUUUAAGAGUCUCGAAGUUUUUUUCAGUCGGAAUAGUAACCAAAGUCUAAUAUGUUUUUGACGUUAUAGUUUGUAAUCUGUAAAUAUAUUUACAAAAGUAUAACUCGCGGCGAUGUAGUGUAAGUUUUCGUCGAAAUCUAGUUGACGAUGUGAGAUGAUGUCGAGAUCACCUUGGCUUCGUAGGACUGUAUCUUUCGUCUGAACGACAUUCUAUAAAAAUAUUUUUGUUGGUUAAGGAUUUUCAUCUCUGGAGACUUUUGCCGGAAAUUACCAAAAAAAAAAGUAUAGUAAGAAUGGUAGCUUUAAUAAUUGGGUAACUUAUAAAAUACAAUUCUACAAGCACCUAUCGAAUCGAAAUUUAUUUUUAAAAUUAAAAGAGGAAUCUCGAAAUUCGUAUCACAAUUUAUUUUUAUUUUAUGUAGGUAUAUAUAUUUUAUAUAGUUCAUUUAGUGUAACUGACGUGGAAAGUUCUUUGAAUCUUUUUUUGAAUUAAAUUUUCCAUUCGGCCAUUUUGAAUUAAAUUUUCCAUGUCGGCCAUUUUGAAUCCUAAAGAUAAGUGUAUUUAUGUCCGGAGUCAAGUGAUCCAGGGGAUUUAUUCAGAGGGAUAUAAUCCAAGUUAAUGAUAACAAAUUGUUAACGUAAUUAAAUACUCACUCUGUUAUAUGCUACUAUUGUACUAUUAUUUAAAUGGUUCAGAAGAAUAUAUUUUUGGAGUUUAAAAAAAAAAGAACUUUAACUAAAUCUUUAACUACAAUCUACAGGUUACUAUUAACAGAAACAUAAGGUUGCACUGUGGAGUUAAUUAAAAUAAUACAUUACAAUUAAAACUGGCAGUUCGCGUAGUGAGACCUCUUUUUUCCCCCUGCUGAUAGCCUUGAGAGGCUAUUUCAGCUUCACCCUAACAUGUAGGUGAGCUCGCGGGGCUCAAUCCGGGGUGCUGCUAACACUGGCCCUAGCAAGAGCAGUGCUUCGCAGAAUCUACCACCGGAUCGGAAACGCGACCCACUGAGAAGAUCCGGCGAGAAACUCAGUGGGCAAGUGAGACCUCCAGGGUUGGUCGCGUUCUGUGUUCUUAAUGCGAGUUUUUUAACGUUCUCGAUAGCGUAAAAGUUAACUCAGAUUUGUAUGCAGUUGGAACGUUUGCCGCUAGGGGCGCUGUUCGAACUGCAUACAAAUUUGACUUAACUUUUACGCUAUCGAGAACGUUAAAAAACUCGCACUAAGAACACUGAGGGGCGAGCACGAAUGAAUAUCGAAAAAGUAUUCGUAUCACUAUCGAGAAAUCACGAGAAAAAAAUGUAUAGGAUUUAAACAGCGCCCCUACCGUCCGUAAAAAGAAUUAAUUACAGCGGCACGAAUGAAUUUACUUUCGUUUUGCGAUCGAAUCUUCACGUUUUCCAAACUCGAAACUUAUAAUCGAGAGCACGAUAGUUGUUUUGACAUACGGUAACGUAAAUCUCGAAGGCUGGCUGGCUAUCGAGUACUACCGUCCAAUGUAAUGAUCCGUUUUCGUAUCGAGGACUCGAUAUAUUUAUAUUACGAACUCGAUAGAGUUACGUGCUUGGCGUAUUGCAUCAUAGCAAUCACAUUCCGGUGAGAGGGUAGGCAGCUAUUAUUCCAGUAUUAUUAUUUUUUAUUUAUUUAUUCCUAAUGUUGAGACUUCUGUGUGCUUAGUGCGAGUUUUUUGACGUUGUCGAUAGCGUAAAAGUUAGCCCAAUUUUGUAUGCAGUUGGAACAGCGCCCCUAGCGGCAAACGUACGCAAAUGAUCCCAUUCCAUACAAAUAUGAGCUAACUUUUACGCUAUCGAGAGCGUUAAAAAACACACUGUUCCAAGUCCGGCGAUUUGAGUAUAAUCGACAUUACUUCGGCAAUUACAAUGAAAGUAAAUGUGAAGUUAAAUAUAAAGAGAAGGCGGCUGAUGGUGAUAAGUAAAACUUAAAAGUCUAUCUAACAAAAAAAUUUUCAGGUGGACUGCCUCAAGGUCUUCAAUCUCUGGUUACCACAACCCAUAGACAUUGCAAUGAGGUGACAUGACACAAAUGUUCACGAUUGACUUCUACGGUGAAGGAAUAACAUCGUGUUACUAAAAUUCAAACCCGCAAAAUUAUAAUUUGCGUAAUUACUGGUGGUAGGACGUCUUGUGAGUCCGCACGGGUAGGUUACCUACCACCGCCCUGCCUAUUUUUGUCGUGAAGCAGUAAUGCGUUUCAGUAUGAAUGAUAGGGGCAGCCGUUGUAACUAUACUUGAGACCUUAGAACUUAUAUCUCGAGGUGGGUGGCGCAUUUACUUUGUAGAUGUCUAUGGGCUCCGGUAACCAAUUAACAUCAGGUGGGCUGUGAGCUCGUCUGCCCAUCCAAACAUAAAAAAAAGAAUAUAUCGGUAUUGUAAAAUUAAAAUAGUUGAUUCGUGAUUAAAUCAAUGCCGUUUCAAAUCUGUCAGUUGUCAUUGUUAUUGGCUUAGACGGCUUAUAGCGCACGCUGGGGUCAUUUCUGAAGAGGCCCUUCGACCCCAUUCGGCUUUUAAAUAAAUUAAAAGCUUUUAAACUUUAGAUAGAGCAUUUUUUUCAACGACAAUCAUUUAGAUUUAGGUAUCCACUGCGAAGUAUCUGUUUUACAGUACGACCUUAUGGCUCUGAAUUGACGGAAUUCUAAAUAUGAAUGUGAAAAUGUAAAAUAGUGAAUAGCGUUAUGAUUAUUUUCGUGUAUUUUUCUUGUAAAUAUGUAAAUAAUAAAAGCAUUAGUCGAUAUACGCAUAAAUUUACUUUGCCUAUUACACGUUGAAUAGAGUACAAAUACAUGUUUCUUAAGUUGAACGUUUUGUUAGAAAUUGUAUAAUAUACUUUGAAUCUUCACGGUAAGGCGCAUGAUAAAAAAAAUUAUUGUUUGGUGUUGUUAUAUCUUUGCCAUUGAUAUAUCUUGACGGGAACAAACAAUAUAACAAAGGUAUGUUCAUUACACGGAGUCGUCUUUUGGUUCUUAUUAAAUCAUAUUAAUUAUAAAGACGAAGUAUCGUUGUCUGACGACGGAUUCGUUCUUCUGGCGUUGGGUUUGUCGAGCUGACGCCGAACCUAAUGAUUUUGAAGUAUCUCUAUUAUUAUUUUUUAGAGAGGUAGGCAGAGGAACAGAUAAGUCUCUGCCUACCGUUAAGUACUCUCCACAAGCCUCGUUUGAAGACAGACAUUCAGACAUGUCAUAGCGCUCGGGAAACACCGUGGAGAGAAGUUCAUGUUAAAUGAUAAUAAUAGCCUGUCCCAACUAUAACUAUUCGAUCGUCAGUCCAUGCUUUUGACCUUUUCCAAACCAAUUUUAUUGUUUAAAAAAACAGAUUUUUUUUUGUUAAAUAUCAAUCUUUUAUUUACGCGGGUAAAGUUAAUUUGACAGCUAAAUGUCAAAACUAGUUCUCCUUUGCCUAAAAAAAACGUGGUGUUAUUUCGUUGUGCCAUACUAGGAGUUUUUAUUAUGAUUAAUACGGAGUGAAUUAUAAUUUGCCAAUUAAACCCGGUGGCAGGGGAUAUACUGUUAGCCUGCACCAAUUGGAAUCUAUUUCUGCUACAAUAUUCUGAUCUGGAGAGCAAGAGGGCCAUAUACUAUUCUCUCACUCUGCCUCAAUAUAAAUGACGGCUAUCCCUUUGUGAUGUCUACAAACUCCUCUUAUCACUUAACAUCGGCUGAGAUCGUCAGUGUAUCAAUCGUGGGCACUAAAGAAACAAUUUGUGAUCAAACCUUUAUUUCUACGUAUCUUAAUUAAGUGAAUCGUUAUAAUCUUAAGUUUGUUGACGUUAAGAAUAUGUUUAUGAAGAAGGUCAAAUAAGCUAAGUUCCAAUUUUGUUUUUUUUGAUAAUUUUGAGUGUUACUUUUUGUAUAAUAAAAAAUAUAUUUUUUAA